GCCCUCGACCGAAGUUACCAAGAUGCUGAGACAAUCUUUGACCCUGAUUCUGAUCCUCUGGAUUGCCGUUUGUUGUUUCUCGGCGGAAUUGCCCGGAAAUGCCUACUUGCCACCGCUGAGGAAUAACUACCAAGUUUCCGAUGAAUCCUUAUUAGACGACGACAAUGACAAUGGAUUUCUCUUCGAUAUUGACCAGGACUCCUACGAACGGUAUGCCCCCGUCUUUGUGGACUAUCCGGGGAUCCACCAACUUCUAAGACAGCAACAGGAAUACGCCUUGGAUCUGCCCCUUGAAGGAAAGCCAUAUGAACGGAAAGUUCCAGAUCUUAAUAACGAUGCGGCUGUCAAAAGACAUUGGUAG